UUACUCCCCGCGCCCCUCUUUUUCUCCCCAGUUGAAAUUCAAUCUCUCUUCCAAUUUCUUGAAAAAAACCCAUUCAAAUCUUUAGACCAAUCCAAAUUCCAAUCUUUGUCUUCCUCUUUAUUCAAUUCCUGCACAUCCCCUUUUUUAGCGUGUGAUUGACGCCCAAAUUUCCAUCCUACAAUCCAUAUGAAGAAGGGAACUAAGCGAAAGGCUGCUGCGGCGAGCCGUAAGGAUGAAGCAGCUUCUACUUCUGCAGAAGCCACCGCCGCCACCACCACCACCACCGCUGAACAGCAGCAGGAGCAGCAGCAGAAACCCACCAAAGCUGUUAGGAAGACAAAGCGUUCAAAGAUUUCGAAGCCUGAAUCAGAGCCUGAGUACUUCGAUGAGCAGCGUGAUUUGGAGGACUUAUGGAAGCAGGUGUUCCCUGUUGGGACAGAGUGGGACCAGCUCGACUUGCUUUCUGAAUACAAAUGGAAUUUCUCAAAUCUAGAAGAGGCAUUUGAAGAAGGCGGGGUAUUACAUGGGAAGAAAGUCUACCUCUUCAGUUGUACAGAGCCACAAUUGCUCUUUUUUCAGGGUCAAUCAAAAGUAACCUGCAUACCUGUAGUGGUUGCGGUUGUAUCUCCAUUUCCACCUUCGGAUAAGAUUGGAAUUAAUUCCGUACAAAGGGAGUCUGAAGAAAUUCUUGACAUGAAACAGAUGAAAAUGGAUUGGGUUCCAUAUAUCCCAUUAGGAAAGCGGGGUUCAUCAGUUGAAAGACUUAAGUCUCAAAUCUUUAUACUAAGCUGUGUCCAAAGAAGGGCUGGUUUAAAACAUUUGAAGCUGGAUCGUGUUAAGAAGUUCGAAUACUGCUUACCAUACUUUUAUCAUCCCUUUAAGGAAGAUGAGACAGAACAGAGUACUAUUGUGGAUAUCAUGUAUCCAGUGGAACCAAAGCCUGUUGUCUGUGAGUUCGAUUGGGAGAUGGAUGAACUUGAGGAAUUUGCUAAUGAGCUCAUUGCUGCGGAGGAGUUGUCAGAAGAUCAAAAGGAUGCCUUCAAGGAAUUUGUGAGGGAAAAGGUUCGAGAAGGAAAGAGAGCUAAUCGUGAGGCAAGGGAAAAGCGGAGGAAAGCCCGAGAGGAAAUGAGUCAAGAGAAAGUGGCUGCAUUUCAGAACAUGCGGUUUUAUAAAUUCUAUCCUGUUGCUACUACCGACACCCCUGAUGUCUCCAAUGUCAAGUCUCCAUUCAUAAAUAGGUAUUACGGCAAAGCGCACCAAGUACUGUGACUGUGAGCAGAAUCGUGUUGACGGGCACCCUUCACGUCCUCCUCUAUGCUUCUGAAGAUUUCCAUGCAUGUCAUGUUGCGGCUCGCAUCCAGCCGAUACAUGGAACACAUCGACAGUUUUAAGAGAUUGUUGUAGAUGAUGGUUGAAGAGAAGACUCUAGUAACCAGCAAAAGGGGUUUGUUUGUGUAUCAUGACUUGAUAUAUUUGUAGGUGUAGGAAUUUUGUCCUUCAAUUUUGAAAUUUCCUACUAAAAGGCUAUGAAUUUGCUUAUCAUCCCAACUAGAGAUGGUUGCUUAAUCACAACCUCAAUCAACAAGUUUAUUUAA